AUGUUCGGCGGCUGGUUGCUUGCCCCAACCACACUGCUAAUCGUACUCUAUAGCUCUCUACGCGCGAAGCCAAACUGCUGCUACGCUUACAAGUUACCGACGGGCAGAGUGAGCAGUUCGCCGUUUAACCCAUGUGUGCAAUUAAGACAAAGGAAAGGAUCCCUCGUUCGAGGGAACUUCUGCGGUCGAGAUGAUAUCGUGGCAGCUAAAAGGACGGCUAGCAUUUCUGAUGGGGAUGUACUUGGGGGAGUCGACCCCUUGGGUUCCCCACCGAGGUGGAGUAGACCCAGCGGUUGGAACGCAGCAGGUAGUCUUAGCCAACGGGUAGCACUAACGCAGGCGAAGUGGCAGAAGGGGAACAUCAAUAGGGGAAAUGAGAGCAAAAAAAAAAGUACACGACUCUUCCUGCUUAGGAGUGAGCAUAGUGGAUUCCCACCCAUCGGGCGCAACGCCUGGGGAGGGAACGCCCCCAUCUGUGCGAGACCCCCGAAAAGAAGCGAGCGCAACGUCACAGAGGAAGGGAAUCACGGUGAGGACGAAGGAGGAGGUAACAGUGAAAUCAUCACGAAUGUCGAAGCAGUACCUCCCAAUGGGGGGAACAACAAAAAGAGGAAGUACGCCAAAGUGAGAGAGGAAAAGAAAAAAGGAAAUUUGCCAAACGUCGAGGGGGAGCGGUUCACUGGGGUAGCCACCGCUUUGGAGGAAAAAGAAGUGAAGCGGGUGAAAGGCGUAACCAACUUUGGAAGCAACUCAAUAAGUGGCGAGACCAAUGCUUCGGUCAGAAGAAGCUCCAACCCACGGAGGGGAAACCAAAGGAGCAGGGAUGAACCUCUUUACACCACUGAUCGGGGGAAUACCCACAGUGCAUCACACGGGCAAGCCGCACCACCGUCGCUUUACCAAAGGAGGGGAAGCGAAAAAGAGGAAAAGUACAAAGAAAGCCACCGCGAGAGUUGCAAAACGAAUGCUUAUAGAUACCCCCCCCAGUUGAGGACCCCCGAAGGAGAUGCGCCCAGCGAAGAAGACGUAGGGAAAACCCUCGAAGGGGAAGUAUACUCUGUCAGUCCAAACGCAGUUCUAGUGAAAAUAAAAAAUACAAACCAUUUUGGAAUGCUCUUUAAAAGGAGAUGUAACUUUGGAGACGACGUAGGAGACCUGAAUGAGUAUUUCCAAGUGAAGCAAAAAAUUUGUGUAAAAACUUUAGGCAUAAAUAUGAAAAAGAAAUUGUUCUAUUUAGGUAACGUGAUUAGGUACAAUCCAGAUGUGAAGCUGAAGGAGGGAGACACGUCCAAGGGGCUGAUCACCAAAUUGUGUGAGUCCUACCUGUUCGUUAAGGUUUUGAAGAAUGGCAGCACGGGGUACCUGCAUAGGUCCAAGCUGUUUCGCCCGUGGGAGCGGCAAAAUGAGGGGCAGCAAAAGGGGGAGCGGCAAAAGGGGGAGCAACAGCUGGGAAGACACAACCACAGGUGGAGCAGCCUUCUGAAGAUGGCCCAAUUUACCCAGCUGUUUAACAUUUGGGACAUUAUAGACGUCGAAAUUUAUGAGCGGCCUGAUGCGAACUUUAAAUCGAACUACAUUCUGACCAUCCCGGAGGGGUCCAAGACGUUUGGCAAGCUGCUUGCCUAUUUUGACUCCCUGUCGGGGGGUGACCCGUUUGCGCACAAAGGGGGGGAUGACCGGUUUGCGCACAAAGGGGGGGAAGGGCCACUUCUUACUCAGGGAGGGAAUACCCCCGUGGAGGACCCCUCCGAUGGGGAGGCAGGCGACCGCAGGAAGAGGAGAAGCAGGGCGAGUCCCUCCAGGGAGGGAGAACACCACGAAGAUUCAACUCGCGAUGAGCAGAGAACCCCCCCCCGUGGGUACCCUUUUUCAAAAAAGAAUAAAGAGACGCUCCAUAAGGAGAGAGCAUCCACGAAGAUGUACCGAGUGCCAGAAAAUGCAACCCUGUCCGUCUUCGCCAAGAUGACAAAAAUAUCCCCAUCGGCUCUGAAGAAAUUUUUUAUAAUCAACGAGAGUAGGGAGUACCAGUCGGGGCAUGUGCUGAGUGCCGACCAGAUGAGGAAAGCGAGUGAUCAUUUUGGCGUCAGCUGUGUGGUCGACGUUGGUGGGGGAGGCGGUCAAUUGGGAGGCGCCCAAUUGGAAGUGGUUACCCCAGGGGAGGAGCCAACUGGGGAAAGCAGCCGUGGAGAGGAGGCCCCCCCCAAUGGGGGAACCAAACUGGUGCUGCACACUAACCGUGUGGAGAGUGAUCCGCACAUUGCCUGCCCAACAGAGAACCCAAGGGAGAAAAGCAAAAAGCGAAACAUGGUGGUGACCUUCAUUGGGCACAUCAACCAUGGGAAGACGUCGCUGUUCGAUUACAUAUGCAAAACGAAGGAGAGGGAAAAGGAAAAGGGACUCAUCACGCAGAACAUAAGAGCCUUCAAAGUGAAUUCCCAAAGCAACGACUUCUCAUUUACCCUCAUCGACACCCCAGGGCACGAAGCCUUUAUGCCAAUUAGAACCAGAGGAGUGAACAUUUCGGACUUAAGCAUUUUGGUGAUUUCCGGAGAGGAGGGAAUACAGGAGCAGACGGUGGAGUGCAUCAAGCUGAUUAAGGAGCACCACAUUCGAGUCGUAAUAGCAGUGACUAAGGUAGAUUUGCCCAACGUGUCCGUGGACCGAAUUGUUAACGAUUUGGUUUACUACGAGAUUUACACGGAGAUGAAUGGGGGAGAUGUGCAGGUGGUUCCCUGCUCCAUUUUUAAUGAGAAGUCGGUGGACAAGCUGGUAGAUGCGAUAUUUCUAGAAUCGGCAUUUCUAGAAUCGGCAGUAUUAGAAUCGGCAGUAUUAGAAUCGGCAGUAUUAGAAUCGGCAGUUUUAGAACCCCCUUUUUUAGAACCCACUUCUUUAGAAGCACCGUCAGGGGAGGGCCAAACCGGCGGGGGAGUCAUCCUCGACUCGUUCGUGGACAAAAAUGGAAUCGUGUCGAUUAACCUGGUGCAGAGCGGGACCCUGCGAGUGAAUGACCACUUCUAUGCCGGUUCGUCCUACGGCAAGGUGAAGAUAAUGAAGGACCAUCUGAAUAAGAAGGUGAAAGUUGCCCGUGCCUCCGACCCGGUGAUGGUGAUAGGCUACGAGAAGAACUCCGUGCCGGUUGCAGGGGACAAAUUUUUUGUCGUGCAGAACGAGGCAGUCGCGGAGGAAAUUGCAAAGCAUCACAAAAACGAGCUGCUAACUUUGCAGAUGCGGGGGUUCAGCUACGGGCAGGAGGAGGGCGGCCUGGAUCGCUACCGGGAGUAUAUCAUUCGGGAGGGUGCCGCAAUCCCUGAGGAGGAGCGGAAGCAGAAUGGGGGGGACAACCCGCAGGAGGGGCAGCAAGAGGGGCGGCAAGAGGAGCGGCAAGAGGAGCGGCAAGUGGAGGAUGCCCCUGGAAAAGCUUCGCUUGGGGAGGCCGCUCCUAGGGAAGCCGCCCCCGUUCGAGAGAAAGACCCCAAGACGGUCUACGUGAACUACUUUGUCAAAUGCGACAAGCAGGGAACGAUUGAGGUUUUAAAGAAUUGCCUCCAAAGGUUGGAAGCGAAGGAUACGCUGCACCGAGUGAAAAACAAAAUUGUCUUUUCCAGCAUCGGAGACAUCACCGCCAGUGACAUCACCUAUGCGCAGAGUUUCAACGCCAUCAUCAUUGGGUUUAAUGUGAAGCUGUCCAAGAGCUGCCCGAAAAAUGCAAAGCAUCUGCUGAGCGCUGCGAAAGCUAGCUGCAGAUUUAUCUACGCGAAUGUCCUGUACGAUUUGAUUAGCCAGGUGGAAGGCGUAAUGAAGGAGAAACUGAGCUCCAAACCGAGGGGCACUUACAAAGGGCAGGCAACCAUUUUGAAAGUUUUUAAUGUUUCCAAACUGGGGAAGGUGGCCGGGUGUGUGGUCAACAGUGGUACCGUUAACAACCACAGCAAUGUGCGUAUUUUGAGGAACGACCGAGUCAUUCACAUUGGAAAGAUCGUGUCGCUUAAGAUUGCCAAGGAGGAGAAGGAGCAGGUCCGGCAGGGCGACGAGUGCGGCAUGGGCUUCGAGGACUUCGUGGAUUUUCUCCCGGGGGACGCGGUGGAGUCGUACCAGGAGUAG